CUCGCUUUUUCUCUUUGCUUACGCUUGGUUUUGGGCAGAGGCUUUUAAAACUCUACGCUACAUAUAUAAAUUAUGUACCCUGCAGGCGGACAGAAUCCUAAUUACUACGGCGACCAAUAUGGAACGCCUCAGAUGACUUCCAAAUCUCCUCCACCACUGCAGCAUCCUGUGCCGCAACAUCCGAUCCCGAACUUCAAUAGCGCGACCCCUCCGCCGCCAUCGCAGCAUCAACAGCCGCACCAGCAACAAUAUAUUCCUCAGCAAUACCAGCCACAACCGCAAUUUCAGCAGCAGCCGAAUCAACAGCAACAACAGCAACCGUACGCGAAUCCUUAUGGUCAAGGCAAUCUUUACUCGCAGUUCGGGUUCAACGACCCAGCAGCUCAAAUGGGAAUGCAGUUUGCCGGCAACGCUGUUGCACAGGGUACUGCGUAUAUGGAACGAAAUUUCAAUCGAUGGGUGAACAUGCCUGCAUUGAGACACUACUUCAGCGUCAGUAACAGCUACGUCGUCAAUAAACUUCGGUUGCUACUGUUCCCGUGGAGACACUCGCCAUGGACUAGGUCGAUUAAGCGCACCGAAACAGGACAAAUGGAUGGUUUCAGGUCGCCAAGAGAGGACAUCAAUUCCCCUGAUCUGUAUAUUCCAGUGAUGGCGGUUGUCACCUACGUGUUGCUUUGCGGGCUUGCAGCCGGUCGCCAAGGCUCUUUCCAUCCAGAAAAGAUGUAUGUUGCAGGAUCCACCGCCGCCGCCGUUAUUUUUGCCGAGAUUGUGUUUACACGCUUAGGAUGCUAUUUCCUGAGUAUACCAUUUGAAGCGUCAAUGUUGGAUCUGAUAGCGUACUACGGAUACAAAUACGUGGGCAUCAUCGUCAUGGCGGCUAUUAAAUUGUUGACCAAGAACUAUUGGUUAUCUUGGGUCGUAUUCAUCUAUGUUGGUCUGAGUACUGGGUUCUUCUUGCUUCGCUCGAUGCGAUACGUAAUUCUACCUGAUACCUCGCCUGGACCUUCCACAUUGAAUCCUCAGCGAAAACGUCGUAUGUGGUUUUUGGUCAUGAUUGCAGCAAUGCAAAUGGUAUAUAUGUUCUUCCUUGAAAGAAGUCUGUAACGUAUAAUCGGGAAAGCUUUUUUUUUUUUAUAAAUAAAUAUGGGCAUCGUCGUAGAUAUUAUGCUAAA